AUGCCUUCAUUCUUCACACUUACCGCAGUCUCGGCCCUUGCGGCUGUCGGCCUUGCGACCCCUGUGGCAUGGGGCCCUCCCCAAGGACCACCACAAGGACCGCCAGGUGGGAACCAUCCAUCGCCGCCUUGGGGCCAGCCUGGAUCAGGCCCUGGCAAGCCGGCGACGAGCUCGUUGGCACCCGCCACGACUUCAUCGGCUCCCAGCACACCCAGCACCACUUCGUCGGGACCAUCGGCGCCGUCUUCAUCGUGCCAAGGCUACUUCGAGCCGCUGGCAGCCCCGUACCUCAAUGACCUGGCUCAGGCAGCCGGCAAGCUGUGGUUCGGCACGGCAACAGACCAGCCAGGCACGGGAGAGGAUACCAACAUCCUGUACCAAACCAUCCUCAACAACACGCACAUCUUCGGGCAGAUCACGCCGGCCAACGCCAUGAAGUUCGUCUCGACCGAGCCGGAGCAGAACGUCUUCAACUACACGGGCGGCGACAUCGACGUGGCCAUCGCGCAGGACCACGGCAAAUACCUACGCUGCCACAACCUGGUCUGGGCCACCCAGAUCAGCGACUUUGUCCUCGACGGCAAUUGGAGCGCCGACGAGCUCACGGCCAUCAUGCAGAACCACAUUUCCAACGUGGUCGCCCACUUCGGCGGCGCCUGCUACUCGUGGGACGUGGUCAACGAGGCGCUCAACUCCAACGGCACCUUCUCGCCCAGCGUCUGGUACGACACCAUCGGCCCGGAGUACUUCUACCUGGCCUUCCAGUUCGCGCAGGAAGCCGUCGACGCUCUGCCCGCCGGCACGCCCAAGCCCAAGCUGUACUACAACGACUAUGGCAUCGAGGCGCCGGGCAACAAGUCCACGGCCACGGAGAACCUGGUCAAGGAACUGCAGGCGCGCAACAUCCGCAUCGACGGUGUGGGGCUCGAGUCCCACUUUGAAGUCGGCGGCACGCCCUCGCUCGAGGACCAGAUCGCGCAGAAGGAAGCAUACGUGGCCCUGGGAGUCGAGGUGGUCAUCACCGAGCUGGACAUCAGAUUCACGCAGGCCAACGCGACCAACUCGACGGGAUUCGCCCAGCAGGCGCAGGACUACUACGACACCGUGGAGAGCUGCAUGGAAGUCGACGGCUGUGUUGGCAUCACCGUCUGGGAUUUCGACGACCAAUACAGCUGGAUUCCCUCGACCUUCCCUGGCGAAGGUGCUGCCACUCUGUACAACGCCGACUUUACUCGCAAACCUGCAUACUAUGCCGUGGGAGACGCCCUGCAGGGUGUCCCGUGCUCAGUUUGUUCCGCCUGA